AUGGUUGUAGUGUAUGGAAUUACGUUUGUUUUGGGAUUAUUUGGUAAUUUUGUGGUCAUUGCAGUCAUGUGUUGUGGACAUGGUGCUAAAUGUGUAACUUUUCCUUGUUUAUUAAGUAUGGCCUGGGCUGAUGUUUUAUUUUUAUUAGUUUGUGUUCCAGCAGAAGUUGGACGAUAUUUUAUUGGACAUUGGGAAUUAAGUAAUUUUUUAUGUAAAUUGUCUGGAUUUGUUGAGAUGAUGUCAGCUACAGCCACCAUCUUUAAUCUGAUUCUCACCAGCUCAGAAAGAUACUUUGCCAUAGCGCACCCAUUGACAUCAAAAAUGAUCUGUACCAGAAAAUACACGAAAAUAGCCUUAGUGAUAACAUGGAUCGGAGCAAUAAUGGUUUCUUCACCCGCGUUUGAUACAGAAACCAAUUUAUACUAUAACAAUGUAUCAUCAGUAACGGUAACUCUAUGUGGAGAUGCCGGUAUACCAGAUUCUGGAAGAUUGCCUUAUGCUGUAUUUCAACUGUGUCUGCUGUUUGCUAUUCCCGCCAUAAUAGUUAUCUUCUGUUACUCCAGAGUUAUUUGGAUAUUAUGGCAUAGUACCAAACAAUUGAAGCACAUGUCAUCAACACAAAAUAAAAAAACAGUUAUAAAAAUGUUGGUGGUUAUAAUUACUGUAUUCCUGAUCAGUUGGGGGCCUAAAUUAAUUAUACAUGUGAUGAAGAAAAAGAGAGUUCUAAGUUUUAAUUCAAUGGUGUUUAUGGCGAUCGUGGUAUUUAAUUUAUUACCGUAUGUUCAAUCCAGUUUAAAUCCUGUUAUCUAUAUUAUAAUGUCUAAGAAUAUCAGGAGAUCUAUUUGUAAACAUUUACCAAUUCCAUUGAUUAAACUGUGUUCGAGGUGCGGCGAUCAGAACUCUAAUACCAUGUUAAUGAUGAAUUCUACCAUUCCUGCUUCUCAGAGAUCAUAUGGUGUAACACAGACUGCCGACUUGUAA